CAGAAACUGCGUAAAGGCAAAGUGCUGUCAAGAAAAAGGCUGUGUAAACGAAGGAUCCAAUCCCGACCAUCACGUUUUUAGUCUCCUGUUUUUUGAAGAAGAUCCAAGCUCUUCUCAGCUCUUCCAUUUUAUUUAUAGUUAGGAUAUUAAUUGGUGUGUGUUGUCAUGGGUCGCAAGAAAAUCGCCAUUACUCGUAUCCAAGAUGAGCGAAACAGACAGAUCACAUUCAGCAAGCGCAAGGCUGGACUAUUGAAGAAGGCGUAUGAGUUGAGUAUCCUCUGUGAUGUCGAGAUAGCUGUGAUUAUGAUCACCAGCAAUCGGAAGCUAUACCAGUACGCCUCGUCCAACAUGAACUCCAUCCUCAUCAGGUACACAGAGUUCAAAGACCCGGACGAGAACAAGACCAACGCUGACAUUCUUGAUGACAUCACCAAGAAAGAGAGAGGUGCAGACAAUGACUCGGGGGAGGAGGAUGUGAACUCUUUUCUUCUGACUCCACGUACACAAGAGAACUAUCGUAAAAUUGACCAAGAGUUUGAUCACAUGCUGCACCAAAAUCAAGUCCCUGCUCCCUCUCGAUCAGCCACGGCCCCUUCUCUCGGCAGUGCUCCACUCGGUAUCCCUCAGGUGAUGCCUGUCACCAUACCCGUCACCAAGUCCCUACAGCAGACCAUCCAUCAGCACCUGGCCUUAAAGGAGCAACGGUCUGGUGGAGGUAGCUCGGGACAGUCCUCCGCCCCUCUCUCCUCAGCCUUCAUGUCUCCUCAGAGCAGUGAUCUCUCUAGUGCUAGUCCACUGAGCAAGGACCGCCCUCACGGGAGCAUGCCACCCCCACUCAUCACACCCACACGCCUGCAGACCAUACGGAAUCAAACGCUCAAACUCCACCUACCAGGCAGUGGUCGCUCAUACAUACCCUUAGCUACAGGUAGUGGUGGUCUGAGCGCUGGUAGUCAUGGUGAUGUUGAGAUCAAGAAGAGUGGUAGCAUUAGUGAUGAAGUGGAUCCGCCCACUAAACCAGGUUCCAAGCCACCACUGAGGGUCUAUAUUCCCGGACAGAAGGAGUUUGUCCCUAGAACACAAUCCACGUCUCCGUUGCCUCAAGUCCCUCUCUCCACGUCUACCACGUCCGUCCAACCUACCACCACUACCACGGCUGUCGACUCUCUCACUACCCCCGUACUCAACCUACAAACACCGAGUCUCUAUAGCAACCUUAGUAACCUCCCGCCCAUGUUGUCGAGCUUCCUGGGGGAUUUCCCUUUCAGUCAACCCCCUGCAUCCAGUUCUGCAACCGGGGGAGACAGUUCGUCCGCUGCACUAGUCGCAUUCCCAGUCAGCAUACAACCUUCGGGAGGAACAGGACCUGGUAAUCUCAUUCUCCACGCACAGAAUAUGGGGCAGCCAUUUCUACUCACUCCUUCUGUUGAUGGUCGGCAAAACUCAGUUCAAAGUUUCACUCCACCUACAUCUGGUCUAGCUGCUAAUAUGAGCCCGAAUGUGAAAGAUUUCGAGCAAAUAAAGGCACAGUACGAGCGCACACAGCAACUCAUUCAUCAGCAGUUGCUGUUCUCUCAAAUGCAGUCUAUGCUUCAGCACACUAGUCGGGCCACGCCCACUUCAGGAACUCAGACCACCCCCUUGAGUAUACAGUCCGGCCCGACAGCCGACAUAGACAGUGGAUUGAGAGGAGGGCAAGAAUCAGAAGCUGAGAGAUACAUCAAUGGAGCGGAUGUGAUGAUGGGAGGAGAGGGUGGGAGAGGAGGAGCUUCAGAGGAACCGUUACCCAAGCGAUCUCGUUUGGACACUUCUCCAUCUUCUAUUGUUCAAGUGUAGCGUCUUCUUUGUUUAAUUCUUUUGUUUAAUUGUUUGGGUUAUACAGUGCAUCAUGUCUUUUGUACAUACAUCAUAAUUAUAGUUACAUCAUGUUAUAGUAGUAUUGAGGAAUGUUUACUUCACAGUCUUUUCAGAAUAAUUAACAGUGAAAGCAAUUAAA